UCUCGCUUCCUAGAAUCAAUCAUCAUCAUCACAUAUACGAUAAUGAAUACGUUCAAAACCCCAUCACUCAUAAUCGUUGCGAUUAGCUUUCUUCUGAUCAUUGCAACCAAUGCUCAGAACACUCCGCAAGACUUCCUUAACGCUCACAACACCGCCCGUGCGCAAGUUGGAGUGCCGAACCUCGUGUGGGAUUCAGCGGUCGCGACCUACGCAUUGAACUAUGCCAAUUCUAGAAAAGCCGACUGCAGCCUUACUCACUCCAAUGGACAAUAUGGAGAAAACCUAGCCAAGGGAAGUAGUUCUACUUUCACAGCCCUAGCCUCCGUGAAACUUUGGGUCGACGAGAAACCUUACUACAGCUACUCCACCAAUAAUUGCACGGGUGGAAAACAAUGCUUGCAUUACACGCAAGUGGUGUGGAGAGAUUCAACGAAGUUAGGGUGUGCUAGGGUUCAAUGCACCAAUACUUGGUGGUUCGUCACUUGUAACUAUGACGCACCUGGUAACUGGAUCGGAGAGUACCCUUACUGAUCUCAUCCUCAUCAUCACUAAUAAUAACGUAAAAUAAUAAUUAUGAUUAAUGAAAUA